AUGAAGAUAAAAAAGAAGCUACAGAAGAAAGCGAAGAGCAGUAGAAGUUGGCCAGAUGCGUUAGUACGCAUCCAUGCCUUGGGAUUCCCGCCCUUGAUAAGUACGUUUGCUGUGACUUGUCGAUUCCCUCCCCUCGUGCGGCUGAGGGUGUCGCAGUGCCGAAAUGACGACAGCGCCCCACAGGUGAGAAAGUCGCUCUCUCAGCGCCCCACAGGUGAGAAAGUCCGCUCCUCAGCGCCCCACACAGUCCGCUCUCAGCGCCCACAGGUGAGAAAGUCCGCUCCUCAGCGCCCCACAGGUGAGAAAGGUCCGCUUCCUCAGCGCCCCACAGGUGAGAAAGUCCGCUCCUCAGCGCCCCACAGCGCCCCACAGGUGAGAAAGUCCGCUCCUCAGCGCCCACAGGUGAGAAAGUCCGCUCCUCAGCGCCCCACAGGGAGAAGUCCGCUCCUCAGCGCCCCACAGGUGAGAAAGUCCGCUCCUCAGCGCCCCACAGGUGAGAAAGUCCGCUCCUUCAGCGUGAGAAACCGCUCCUCCGCUCCUCAGCGCCCACAGGUGAGAAAGUCCGCUCCUCAGCGCCCCACACAGAAAGCUCUCAGCGCCCCACAGGGCCCAUUCAGCGUGACGUCGGAGCCAGAGCUGAAGGCUAUGGAACACCAUUAUUACUUCGAGAGCGAGUAG